AUGUUUCGCCAAAAUGGAUCUCCGGAGGAUCAGAGGAUUAAAGCUGAGAUGGCGGCGAGAAAUGCUACGAUUCAGGCACCGCAUUUUAGGGGGCCGGGGGUGUUGGAUAGGGAGGAACGAGUUGACGUAACCUCAAAAUUCCAAAUUGGCAUGAUGUCAAGCUUCAUAAUCGCAGCUCAAAACGGAGAGUUCCCAGGGAAUCGCAAAACGGAACUCCCACUCUGGCCAGUGGAUGACUUCAAGUACUUUACACAAAAGUACGAAGAGUGGGCACCCUCGCCUUAUAGGGAAAUUCCUAAUAUGGCUGCCCCGAUGGGUAUGGGAACCUUACCGGGCCCAAGCCCACCACCUUUCUUUCGGUUUUCAUUGGCCUUUGGGGGAAUGAUGGAUGAGAUGUUUGAUGGCGUCUUUGAUCACCUGAUGACUCGGCCUGGUGAGAGUAGUCACGAACAGAUUACCGCGAGGUUGAGUGAGAAGCAUGUUGAAAGGAGUUUCAAAUUGCUUGCUGAGAAAUUGUGGUUUGGAUUGCCGCCUAUGCCUGAAUGUCAUUGGAAAGCUAAUCGUUUGGAUGAUGAGGAUAAAAUUGAAGAAGCUCUAUCAGUUUUGCAGUCUGUGGUUGAUGUCUUUGAUUACUGGCGACGACCGGAUAUUCAAGGCAAUCUGAGAGCUACUCAUAACAAAGUUUUCAUUGAGCUAGAUGUGUUUCAAGAUGCCAUGAAAGCGCUUUACGCGGAGAAAGGUGAAGCCCCACCAGAAUGGAGUGUGAGUAAGUUGUGGCAGGACUUCGUCAAACAUCAAUUUGAUUUUAUGGCCACCCAAGCACGACAUUACCUCCUCAACCAUCUCCUAGUCCUCCAUACACAUUGGAAAGCCCGUCUCAUGCGCGCAAUUGGCAACGGUCGCCAAAUCAACGCCACGCAAACCACAAUCCGUAUUGACCACUUCGCCCUUCUCGUCCUCAACAAAAUCCAAGAUCUGUAUCUCUCCGCCGAACUCUUAUGUCGACCACGCACCGAUGGCUUCCUCAUGAUUUACGGUGUACACCCUAAUUUUCAAAACAUCGACUCCCCAGCUCCACAAUUGAACGCAAUCUACGCACGGCUAGAGGAAGAGCGAAUGAACCAUAUGAAAUCAAUAUACAAUGCGACCAUAGAUGCGCAAAUCCAAGCCCGAAGAGCAGAGGGACCAAUGCCUGAUUUUAUGGAGCCGCUCAACAUGGUUAUUGACCGUGAAUGGGGUCAUAAGAGGACGCAACCUGAGGUUGAGAAUCCUCCGAAGCUGAGCAUGGAACCAUGGGUGAGACAGCUAAGUCAGGAGAGUGUAGAGAAAUUCGGGUUCUUGAUUUAUAGACUUAGUUACGGGGAGAGUGAGGAGGAAUGGGCGAAGACUAAGGAGAAGGUUGUUAAGAGGAUUGAGAGUGGAUGGGAGGGUGUUGUGGGUGGUGAGGCGGUUAAGAGGAAGGCGGUCGUGAGGUGGAUGGAUGGGAGAAAAGUUGGGAUUGCGGAAGGGGAUUUGGAUGGUGCUAGAGCACACUUCAAAUCAGCAACCGAACCCAACACGCCAAACCCCAUCCCCAAAAACCUAAACCUUGGAACCUGUCUCGCAAUAACCCCCCAAUCCCUUCGCUCCUUCACUCAAGCACCACCUAAAACCCCAUCCUCCUCCUCAUCCCCAACCCCUCAACCAUUUCCUGGCGAUUUCUCUCCCUUUAUCCACAUCAUCGACAAAGAAUAUACUCCAGACCCUGAACCAUCCACCACAUCCGCAUCCGCACCCCCUCCAUCACGCAGCGCAAAGAAAAAUCUCGAAGGCUACAAAGGCACACUCCUCCUGCCUAUGCAUCUGGUGUUCCCAGAGCUAUACGCGCUUAAAGCUGGCGCGGGACCGGUAGGGAUGUUAGAGGAUCUGUGGGCGAUAGGCAGGAGUCAUCCUUGGGGUAUGUAUACGGGGCCGACGACUGGUGUUACUAGGAGAUACUGGAGAGAAAUGGGAACUCAGGGGCUGGCGGGGGUGGUUGUUAAGGCUGCUAGUGAGCAUGCGGCUGCUAAGGGGGCAAGUGGGGAAGAUGGAUCACGAGAAUGA